UUCGGUUUUUUGUUUCUUUUCACGUUUUUCAUUGGUUUUAUUUUGUUUUCUCUUGGGUUUUCAUUUUUUAUACUUAUGUGUGUGUGUGUGUGUGCGCGUGUGUGUGUAUCUAAUACAUGUUUAAUAAUUUUCAAAAAAGAUUAAAAUUUAUUGAAUACAUGGUCGACAUUUUUUUUACACAUUUAACAUUUUUUUAAAUGCUUGAUUAACAUUUUUCAAAUACCAGAUUAAUAUUUUUUGAAUACACGAUCACCAUUUUCUAUACAUAUUUAAUUUUUUUAAAUUAUUGAUUCAAAAAUUUCAAAUACAAGUUUAAAUUUUGUUUAAUACAUUGCCAACCAUUUAUUUAUACACAUUUAACAUUUUUUCAAAUGCUUGAUUAGCAUUUAGGCGAGUCUUCUUCCAUCGGACUCGCUUGAAGCGGAGGUAUAGCCGCGCCCGCGGAAAUGCGGGCGAAGAUAAACUUAAGUGGGCCGCGUGCCCAUCCAUAAUCGGGUCUCCUUUGUACAGCCUUCCAGUCACACUCCGUCGGAUGGCUCCAUUGCACAUCAGGAGGAGGAACGAAGUUGUCUCAAAAAAAAAAAAGGAGGAGGAACGGAAGAGGAGAGGAUUCCUCAACCCAGUAGCCACCGGCCGAUGGCGACGACGGCCACGGGGUACGGCUGCUCGGCGGCGCUGUCGUUCCCGGGGAGUGGGAGCCCCUUCGCCGAUCGCUCGCCCCUGUCCCGCGCUUACCUCACCUCCUCCAAUCCCAAGCUCAGGACUCCCGCUCCUAGCCUGCGGGUUUCAUAUCUUCGUAGGCGACUGUAUGUCUGUGCGUGCUCCGGCGACGUUGAUCAUUACGCCUCGGCGGCAUCACCAGCGGAAGCUAGUUUUGAUAUAAAGCUGCCUAGAAGAAGCUUGCUUGUUCAGUUUACAUGUAAUAAAUGUGAUGCAAGGACAAAACGUUUGAUAAACAGGGUGGCCUAUGAAAGAGGAACAGUUUUUCUUCAGUGCGCAGGGUGCCAGGUGUAUCACAAGUUUGUUGACAAUCUUGGUCUAAUUGUCGAGUAUGACCUACGAGAAGAAAAUGGGGUGAACACUUGUACUGAAGACUGAUUUGGAAUGUGUUAUUAGAAGCCAGACAUGCUAAGUUUCCUCUAAAAACAUUAGGUUUGAGUCUUGACAGAUUAUUUGAACCUUGUAGACUGCUUAUAUUGAACAGUAUUUCUGCAUUGAAAUAGCUACCAAUACUCAUUUCA